AAGCUUUGGAAAGCAGGGGAAGGGACUGAUUCAGACAAGUCAGAAACUCCAAGGAAGGGAAGGUAACUGCCAAAGAACGAAUUUGUCUACUUUGGGGUUUGUCUUUUUUUCAUAUUUAAUAUCAACGUUCAAGUUGAAACUGAGAAAGGCUGUGACGGGAAAACAAAAAGGGAAGAAACAGAGAGAAAAAUUUUUGAAGAGAUGCUAGGAAAAUGUGGAAGGAAAUUAGAGAUAGAGAAGCGGGUAAAAUCCGCCCGAAGUCCUUUUCAAGUCGGAUCAAAUUCAAUCGGAUUUCCAAUCUCCAACUAACCAAUUACAAAGACAUCGUUUCUUCUCACAGAGGCUCCAUCAACUCCCUUCAGGUGGAUUUGACUGAGGGAAGAUAUUUGUUGUCGGGUGCAUCUGAUGCAUCAGCUGCUAUUUAUGACAUUCAAAGGGCAACUAAUUAUGAAGGAAAUGGUUUAAUUGCCAAACAUAAAUCUAUAGUUUCGGUCGAUAAGCAACACGAAAAGGGACAUAAAUAUGCCAUUUCAUCGGCCAUUUGGUAUCCUGUUGACACGGGACUAUUCAUAACGGGUUCUUAUGAUCAUAAUAUCAAAGUUUGGGACACGAAUACGACUAAGGUGGUGAUGAACUUUAAAAUGCCCGGAAAGGUUUAUAGGACUGCUAUGUCUACAUUGGCAACAUCUCAUAUGUUAAUUGCUGCUGGAACUGAAGACGUGCAAGUUCGCCUUUGUGAUAUUGCUUCGGGGGCAUUUGCUCAUACUUUGUCUGGCCACCGUGAUGGCGUGAUGACAGUGGAAUGGUCUACUUCCAGUGAGUGGGUCUUGAUAACAGGUGGGUGUGACGGUGCAAUUCGUUUUUGGGACAUUAGACGUGCUGGAUGUUUUCUUGUUUUGGAUCAGUCCCAGUCUCAGCUUGGAAGACGUCCACCUGUCUUGGAUCAUUCAGCUGCAAAUAAGGUUUCAGUCUCAAAGCCACUGUCAACUGGCCAGAGCUCGUUGGUAAAAUCACGAGCGCCACAAAAGAAAUAUACCAACGGGCAUGGCAUAAAGCAGUCAACCAUUGGUCGAAUGCCAGCUAAAGGUUCUGCAAGGCAAAGACUACACCCUGGGAUGCUGUCCAUUCAGGAUCGUGCCACUGCUCAUUAUGGUGCUGUUACUGGUUUGAAAGUAACCGAAGAUGGCAUGUACCUUCUAAGUGCAGGUUCUGAUUCAAGAAUAAAGUUGUGGGAUCUUGAAUCUGGUUACAAUACCCUUGUAAACUUUGAAAAGGCACGCCUACAAACAAGCAAGGCAAUCCAGUUAGCCAUAUCUCAAGAUUCAGCUCAUGUUUUUGUCCCAUGCAUGACAGUCGUGAAAUUCACAGGAUCAGGAACUAUACACAGGCGGCAGUGAUCGGCAAAUUCUUGUUUGGUCUCCAUGCAAACUGAUUACAGAUGAUAUGGAUGAAGGGCAUACUAAAGAUCAGGAUAAUUGGAGUGAUUAGAAUCUGCUCCUACAUCGAUUUGUUCCGCAUAUCCCUUGCCAUCUAUAGCUUUUUUCUUCCUCUCGUAUAUAUUAGAUGCAUGUGUAUAUGCACAUUCCUUUGCUUCUUGUCAAUCAUUUUCCCCGUUUUAUGGUCUGUUGUUCUUUAAAAGGAUAUGAUAUAUUCAUAU